UCCAUCAUGUAAGUGUCUUUAUCUACAUUGUUUUGUUGUCAUCACUUUCCCUGGCAACAUUAAGCAAAAUCCUAUAUGCUGAAACUUUUUUUUUCUUUGACGCACUUGCCGCAAAAUAAGUGUAAUAUUGCCUUUCCUUAUCGCUUUUAUAACCUACAGUGUCUAUUUAAAAAAAAGAUGCAAUCAAAAAUAUCUCCUCUGUGGAAGCUAUAGUAGUAAACGCUGCUAUUCUCGACCGUGCGCGCUAGAGCGUUUUUUUCUGUGGGUGAGGGAAUCCCUAAACGUCAUCGCCUAGGUUACCAAAAAACAAAAACACGGCUCCAUGAACCAUAUAUGGGCACCUACGUCAGCGGAACUCCAGUGAGGGGCGGAGACAGAACUCCCUACUUUACAAAGCGAUCUCAGAUGGCUUCAUUCAGAAGAGACGAGGGACGCCGGCUCAAGCGCACAAAACGCUGGUUUAUCAUCGAUGACAUUUUUUUCUUCAUGGAUAUAUAAAUGCACACUUCAAAAAAAAUAUAAAACAAUAAAAGGAACUUUUUAGGGCUUGGAUUGUGAUCUCAGCAGCCAGAGUGGACGUGUCCGCUUUGGAGUUGUAAACUUCUUUCGCCUCGAACGCAGAACUGGAUUGCCAUCUUAAUGCAACUUUUUUGGAAAGACACGAAAGGCUUCUUGACUGACUCUUCAAGUAGUAAAUCUUGUUACGGUGACGUGCCAUUUUCUCCGGGAACGAGCGCUUUCUCGGUUUCACUCGGCUCUGCCGGGGAGAUGUUCCAGGGGUUCCCCGGUGACCCGGACAGCGGCUCACGUGGAAGUUCCUCUCCGUCGGUCGAAUCUCAGUACCUGUCUUCGGUGGACUCCUUCGGGAGCCCCUCCACCACCACUGCACCACAACCACUCAACCUUGAUCCUGUGUGGGUUCAUGUUCCACAGGAGUGUGUAUCAGGCGCUGGAGGUGUAGGGGUGGGUGGCGGGACAGCUGGCAGUGCUCCAGGGGUGGACAUGCCUGGCUCCUUCGUUCCCACAGUGACUGCCAUAACCACAAGUCAGGACCUGCAGUGGAUGGUGCAACCCACCCUCAUCUCCUCUGUGGCACCAGGGCAGAGUGGCACAGGUACGACCACCAUGACCCAGUCCGUGGCCCUAGACCCAUACGACAUGCCAGGGCCAAGCUUUUCCUCUGGCUCGGGCUACACCCCUCCCAGCAGCUCGGACACCCCAGGUCCCUUGCGCCAGUCACGGAGCCGCCGGCGCACACGUGAUGAAACGCUGACUCCGGAGGAGGAAGAAAAGAGACGCGUCAGGAGGGAGAGAAACAAACUGGCCGCUGCCAAGUGUCGCAAUCGACGACGUGAGCUUACAGACAAGCUACAGUCGGAAACCGACAUUCUGGAGGAGGAAAAGGCUGAGCUGGAGGCUGAGAUCUCAGAGCUGCAGAAGGAGAAGGAGCGUCUGGAGUUUGUCCUCAUCACCCAUCAGCCGAGCUGCAAGAUCCCUUACCAGGAGGAGCAGCAGCAGACGCCGGUGCCUCCUCUGCCUCCAUCCUCCUCUGUGGCAGUGGUGGGUUUGACUGUGAAGGAGGACUCGUUCUACCUGCCUCCACCUUACUCGUCCCACCACCACCACCACCACCAGCAGCAGCACCACCACCAGCAGCAGCAGCAGCAGCAGCCAGCGCAGCAGCAGCAAGGGAUGAUGCAGGAGGUAGCCUUUUCUAGUUCUUUCUAUGGGCCGAGCCAGCCGGCACCGGGUGGCCCGUGCCUUGUUGCCGACGGCGGCGGUAACCCUGACAUUGGCAACCACAACCCCUCAUACACAUCUUCAUUUGUGUUCACCUACCCAGAGGGAGCCUGCGGCGCCAGCGCUAACCAGCGAACCAGCAGCAGCGAGCAGUCCUCUGACUCCAUGAACUCGCCCUCGCUUCUUGCACUCUAAAUGCCCUGACACUUUCCUUUCUUUCAAUGCUCUUUUACACACACACUCACACACCCACAUACACACACAAUCAUUCACUUAAUCAUGUGCAGCACGAUAGUCUCUGACACUUCUUCGAGAAGAUACCAUUUGCUGUUGCAUAUUCACAUCUUAGAAUUAUAUUUAUUGCCAAAAAUAUACAAAAGUUCUCACAGUCUCAUCGUUUCAGCUAAAUUGUUUUUGCACUGGUGCUUUAGUUGCUUAACUCAAGCCUGAAUCACUAUCAGAUAAAGUAUUAACCUUUUAAUAGAUUCAGACUCAGUAUCAGAAUAAGUUGGCACCUGUGACAUCUUAUCCCUUACACACUUACAGUACAUUUUAUACUGACACCUAAUAAUGCCCUUAGUUUCUUACUUACAUUUCGCUCUUCUCCUUCUUUCUCUUUCUCUCUCUCUCUCACACACGCUAUCUCUUUCUUUCUCUUACGCUCUCUCUGCUCUCUCCCUCAUUGCUCGUGCUCACUGCUGGUGUUCAAGCUCUCCUUUUCUCUCCAUGCUGAUCCUCUGCACAGUGUAUUUGUGUAUCUGAGUUGAAAAGGGGACACACACCUUUUGUGGCUUCAGUAUUUGUUUUUUUUUUUUGGUUUUUCAUAGGCCAAACGGUAAUCCACACACUUUUCAUCUUCCAUCUAAUCUUUUUCCGUCCUUUUCUGCUGUCAUGCCGGGACUUUUUAAAUAAUAAGGGACAUCUUUUCCCUCUACAGUCAAUCAAUCAAUCAAACAAUCAGUCAGUCAAUCAAAUCACUAUCUAUCUCUUUUUCUUGUCUCCUGCAUCGUCCAUCUGCCCAUCUGUUUCUCCUCUCUUCUGUCUCUAUGUGCCUCUGGUUCUCUGUGAAGCCUUCAGCCCCCGAGAGCCCAUUGGACCCUGAAAGCCCUUGGAACCUUGAAUGAUGGCCGGGCCACCCAGCACCAGACAACCCCCUUUUGUCCUCCAGCAUGGACCGACUGCUACACUGCAAGGAGGAAACGCAGAAUUUGAAAAAAAAAAUACAGCCAAAAAAUACCAGCUACAGCACGCAGGUCAAAACCAGGAACGAUCAGCAUUUCAGAGCAGGCAUCGUGUUCCGUUUUUACUUCUUUAACCCCAAGGAAUUAGAAGUAUGAUAUAGAAAACCAAAUGGACCUGACAGAUAUCGAAAAAAAAAAAAAGGACUUGAAAGGCCGGCGCUGAUGGAAGAGCUCUUGGUGAGCUAGAUAUCCUCUCAUUUCCUGAACACCUCUGAGAAGAGGAAAGCAAAAAAAUAGCCACAUGAAAAACGAGCGCGUCCUGCCACACGCCAUCACUUUAUCUUGAUUUCUCCACAUAUUUUUCAGAUCUUUUUUUUUCUUUUUUCGUACAGUCCUAUGCGGACACCCUUUAUUGAAGACUGUUUUUAGCGGCUUUCCAUCUGUUUCCGCAAUAGUAUUAGCUUUGACCUAAAAAAAAGAAAAAAGUGGCUUAAACGAAUGUUACAUGCAAAAACUGCUCUUGUUGUGAGUGGCACAGGUUUUACAGUCAGUGCUCGUUACAGAUUGUUAUAGUUAUACAGUUUUUAAUCCACCUCUUUAGAAUUUGGGCUAAACGGCCUGUUCGUGGCCGUUGACCUUCGCUACCAGAUCAGCAGGCAGCUGCAGGCUUUUAUUGUGAAAGAGCAUCACUGAAGCUGCUUCUCCAGUUUAUUUCUUUCUGUAGAUGAGACAGCACAACUGUGGGCCAAGACAGACGGAGGAAGAAAACCAGGAGUCAUUUAUGAAUAUGAAAACUUUAUUUUUCCUGUGAAUUUAUUAAAUAUCAUUUUGGAUUUUCUUUUUCUUAUUUUAUCUUAUUUUUAUUUUAUUUUUAUUUUUUUUGGUUACGCUUUUUUCUCUCGCUUUUGACUGUAUUGUUGCUGCCAAAUGGAGGAACCUUGUGGAGCUGUGAACUGCUCCUUUUACUCUGUUACUGUUGUCCUAUUGUUGUAAUAAGUAUUGUUAUUAUUAUUAUUUCAUCGUUACCCUACGUUUGGCAACUAAAAAGACAUGUUGUGCACUAUGAACCUUUUUUAUGUCCUAUAACGUUAACCUAAAACGCUCUAUAUUAUAAUAUGUACAAUGAUUGUAAUGUAUGAAUGUGCAGAAAUGUAAAAUGGAUAUUUUUGUUAAUGAAGAAAAAAAGAGGGUGAGCUUGGUGUGGCUGGUUUUUGGUUUAAACAUAGAUAUUUUUCUAAAAGAACAAAAAGUAUAUUAUGAUAUACAAUAAUAGCCCGCCUUUCCUUCAAUAUGAGAAGCAUUGUCACUGCCUUUGCUCUAUUGCUGUGUAUUUAUAUGUUCUAUAUAUAAAAACACAUGAUAUGUAUGAUGACUGUAUUCUGUGGUGCAUAUAACGGUCUAUAUGUAUCAUGGGUAUGUUGCAGUGAUGCUGUGCUUUUUUUUUUUUUUUUUUUUUUUGCUCUUGCUUUUUUUGUCAGUGUGAGGUUAAUCCCACAACUCCUUUUACCCAGCAAACCAGCCCCUGUGGACAAAACACACUGGAUGCAAAUGAAAAAAGGAAUAUAAAAUGAACCAAUAAAAUCAAGUGAGAUAAAAAUGUGUCAAUGUAAAUUUAAUACUCAUACAAAAAUUCCUAUUGGAAUGUUGUGGUCGAGCAAUAUUAACAAAUAAUCAAGGACAUAAUUCUGGAUUGAUUUUUACACUCCAGUGUGUACUGUCCCAUGUGAAGUUGCAAACACAUGCAAAAACAAACGUGAACUUUUUUCCUUUUUCUUUUUUUUUUUUUUAAUAGUAUCUGCAAGAUUUUGACAGGAAUUUGAUUUCCUGUCAAAAUCCCAUCGUCUCUAUUCAACAGGCAAGGUAGAAAAGCAGGGAUGAUAUUUCUUGCACCCUGGGAAACUGAGAUUAUAAAGCAGCUGUCAAAUGUUCUCAUUAUUUGUGCGAGUGGUGUUUCAUGGGAUGAACCUCAGAAAAAAAAAUGUGAGGCUAUACUUUCAUUUAAAAUCAAUACUGCACCAUAAUGCUUGAUGAUACUGAAAUCCUCUUAAACUGGCUCUGUGGUUAAAGGCAUUCAGCUUUAUAAGAAAGCAAGGAUAUUGCAAAGCAUGUAAGCACUUUCUAAUGUACAGUAGAAAGUAGACUUUUCGUAUCCAUCCUGAACAGAUACUAUGCUGUGUAAUGUAAUGAUAAAGAUGGACUCAUAUUGCACAAAAUGUCAAACACAGGCACAGUGCGUGAAAGUUACAAUUUAGAAGUUUAAUAUUAGCUCAGAAAAUACAGAUUGCAUCCUUUGUGGUGUCUCAAGGUUUAGAGACAUUGCAUUGCAUGCAGAACUCUAUAAAUCUGCUGGCAUUUGGUGCUCAUAGUACGCUGUUGGUGCUUUUGUUAUCCUUAAGCCAAAAUAUAGUGUUACUUUAUCUUUUACUGUAUAUGACAUGACACUAAUAUGGUUACUGCAUUGGAAACAGAGCAUGGCGGAAAUUCCGCUUUUGCAAAAACGUUCAGUUUAGUUAUAAAAACCAACAUUGCUGCAGUCAUUGUCUUUGAUGUUAAAUGCAUUUUAAAUGCAAUAUAAAUGAAUACCUUAAUUUCCUGGGGCAACACUGGCAUGUAGCACAAUAGCUAUCCUGCAAAAUAGGCUUUUCUGAAUGUUCAAUAGUGUCAUAUUGUGGGUGAAGUUAAGGCUUUGCCUUGGUUUAUAUGUUCUCGUUGAUGGAGCUAUGUGUUUCUUUGAUAUCCCAAUCUGCCUUUGUCAAAUCAACAAGGGCCUUAAUUCUGAAAAUACAAACCUUUCCAAACACUUAAAACAGAAAAAGAAGAUGCAUUUUAUUUUUAUGGGACAUUUUGUGGACUUAUUCUUUAUUUUUCUCUUUUUCAGAAGUGGUGCCUCUUUUAGUCCCAUCAGCAAAGCACUUCGGAUGAUUUUGGACUAGCCCUUAUCAAUAUUUGUAUGUCUCUAUGUGUAUUUUGAUGUACGAGAUAUGAUAAUGUCAAAUACAAAAAAAAAAAAAGAUCUUCGAGAUGUAUAUGAAUUAAACUGGCUGGGAUAUUUUAGGUGUAGGGGUGUUAGUUCUGUUUAAGUCAGAACAUUUUGAACCCCCGUACGACCACCAAUCCUGGCUCUUCAGCAAUUCUUGAUCUCAUAGUGUAUAUUUUUCAAUCUCAAUGGCUCUUGGGGGCUUAUUAUACUUAUUAUAUUUAUCUUUCUCAACUUCUAUUACUAUGUCAUUAUAUUAUAAGCCCUUUACAACAAAUGAGAAGGACUUUGUUGCAUAGGCUGUGAACCCUAAGUGUGCUAAUCUAUCUGGGUCUCUUGGUAUGAUCAUCAUUUUUUUUUUUUUUUUUUCCCUUUAUUUUUAUUUUUUAUUUUUUUGUUUUUUAAAUGGCAUUAAAAUAAACUGAAGCAUAUUGAA